UCUACAGUUGGGCUUCAUCCUAUGCGCUAGUGUGUAUAGCUGCCACCGCCUCCGUCGCUGCACGAUUCGCCCUCCAUAAGUGGUUGCUAUUGAAUAUUAUAUUUAUAUUUUUAUUAUACAUAAUUUUGUUUACUUUUUGGUCCUUUUACGACUGUUGCGCGAUAACAAUACCAUUGCUUGUCGUUCGAGUGUCUGUGGGUUAUCUUUAUUGCUCGUGUGUAAACGGUGAACCCUUGUGUUCGUCAUGUGCCGGCCAAUCGUCCUCGGGCGUGGAGCGUGUAAUGCAUUUUAGUUCCAUCGAUCGACCGCUUCUCGUUAAUGGUGUCCUCCACGUUCACAUGGAUGGUGCUAGAGCAAAAGGAAAAUUCUAGCACAGAUGGAACGAAAAAUAGUGUUGGAAACAAAAGUAUUUCGUACAUUUUCAAGGAUAAUCUUAACGAUAACGUCUAUACUGAUAUUGGUAUGCCUCCUGCAAACGGUAAUCUGAAUGAGCGCUGUCAAAGGCAGCCGUUAUUAGGCUUGUGUAAAAAUGCUGUGACUGGUGUAAGAAAUAGUGUAGGAUGGGAUUCCAUAAAUGGAGCGGUUGGUAUAGAUAUCGACACCAACCAUGAUCACCAACAAACAAACAUGGGACAGAUACAUCAAGACAUAACAAAAGCCAAACAGCUUCCUGACAGUGGAAUUAUGUCCACUGAAAACGAUGGCCGGUAUAGCCCAAAGGUUCCUAAUGGCAGUACCAAUGGAGCACCGGUGCGCAUUGAAAUACCAAACUGUGUUAUUAAGCCCAAAACUAAAUUUCCACAAGAAAAAAUGAAAACGUUGUUUGCAUUUAUACUACUUGUUGUAAAUUUACUAAUCACUACAACAUCUUUGGCUAUGGUCCACGAAAGAGUGCCAGAUCGUUCUUUGUAUAAACCAUUACCAGACACCAUUUUGGAUGCUGUACCAGCUAGCGAUUGGGCAUUAGACGUAUCUGAAGUAUUAAUUAUGAUAAGCACAAACUUGUCAGUGUUAAUAAUAUUGAGUCAUAAGUAUAGGUUUAUUGUUUUGCGAAGGCUGAUGUUCAUGUUAUCUCUUUUAUAUUUACUUCGAUCCGUUACUAUGUUUGUGACUGUAUUACCCGUUUCUAGUACCACUUACUACUGUUCACCCAAAGAAAACUCUACGAAUCCAGUACUAAUUGCUAGACGUGUGUUACAACUAUUUUCAGGAUUUGGAUUAUCCAUCAAUGGCAAGCAUACUUACUGUGGGGAUUACAUAUAUAGUGGUCACACCGCCAUAUUAGUGAUGAGCUACUUAAUGAUAGCAGAAUAUUCUCCCAAAAAAUGGUAUAUACUACAUUGGGCAUCGUGGCUAAUGGCAGUCAUUGGUGUAAUUAUGGUGCUUAUUGCUCAUGGUCAUUAUACAAUAGAUGUUAUUAUUGCAUACUUUGUCACCACACGGCUGUUUUGGAUCUAUCAUACACUAGCUAAUAAUACCAAUUUGAAGCAAUCUAUUUCCAACAAUUACCUAUCACGAGUUUGGUGGUUUUGGAUGUUUCAAUAUUUUGAAGGAAAUAUUGAUGGACCUGUACCACACCGAUAUGACUGGCCAUUUCCAUGGCCUAAACGUUUCACACUCGCAAAUUAUCAGAAUCGAAAUAGUUAGCCAAGGUUAAAAAUCUCGUCUCACAAUAAUGUUCCUCAGCUAUAAUAAAAAUGUAAUUAAAGCUUACAGCCAUUCAAUCAACAUUUCCAUAUUUUUCACUUGUUUUACUUUAAUGAUGUUAUAUUUAUAUAUCAUAUAUAUAUAUAUAUACAUAUAAUUAGGUAAACUAUAUAAUAUUGAGUUUUUUUAAAUAAGUGUCACAGUUAAUAAUAACUAUAAUAUUGCAAGUUAAACAGCAAUUUUUAAAACUUGGUUAAUUAAAUUCUACGAACUAUUUUACACAAUCCAUUAUUAUCUUAACAAGCAGUAUUAUAAGCAUAUUACCUAAUUAAACAAAUAAAUUUAAAAGUCCUAACCAGUAUCAAAAUACAAAAUCUCGUGACUUACACCUAGUAUUCAGAAAGCUUUAGACAUUAAGUUUUAUCAUACAUAUUGGUACAUACUACAUUAACUAUACAUGUAUAAUACUAUGAUUUAGUUUUUGAAACAGUUAUUUAUUUGUUUUUACUUUUUAGCUUGUAAAAGCCGUUUGUAAAGUUGUUUUGUUAUUAUUAAUAUUUUUUUAUUAUUAUUAAAUUUUCGUUAAAAUGUUUUAAAAAAAAUGUAUUUUUAAUUUUGUUAAUAGUAAUUAUGUAUUGUUAUUAUUAGGAAUAAUGAUUUGUGUUAACUUAAUUUUUAAUUAUUAUUAUCUAGUCUAAAAAUUAAUUUUUUGUUAGGAUCUCUCGUCUCUCUAUUAUUCAAGGAAUUAUCUUUGACAGCUUCCCUAUUCGUAGCCCAAGAUCCGUUUCGUGAAUACUAAAUUAGUGAAUUACUACAUUUUCUCCUUGAUACUGCUUUAAAAUACUUAACUUGUUUACACAAAAAUACUACUUAAAAGUACUAUUCAGUCGAUCAGUUAGAGAAGGUCUUAUUAUAAGAAAAUUUUCAGAAAUAGAUAAACAAUAAAUAAACAAUAAUAAAAUUACAGAAUAGUGGAUUCGCCUAAAAUUGGCCUAAAACAUUUUGUGACUAGUCUACUCAUUUAUUUAAUUGUUAUAUUUAAAUAAAUUAGAUAAAUUUGUAAUUCAUUGUUCAGCAAACAAAAUCAUUAAUCAUUAUUGUGUUAUUGUUAAUACACAAACGUUAUUUCAAAAGAUAAUACAUUUUAAUUUGAGAUCCGUCCUUAGAACAAAUAUUUGUAUUGUAAUACUGUAAAUUACUAAUAAGCUUUAUGGAACGUUUUACAUUGUAUGUGAGUUUUGUUUGUUAUAAUAAAAAUAAUAUUAUACAUUCCUGAAGUUUGCAUACACUUCAAUAAGUCUAAAAAUUCAGAAGUCAAGUUAUCCAUUCCAUUCAAUGUUUAUAAUAUUUACACGUCAUUGUAAACAUUAAUAGUAUUAACUUAAUAUACUUAAUUGGUUAUCAGUGUAUUUUUGUUAUUUUUAAUUUGAGUGUAAAAGUUGUACAACUAAAUAUUCUACUUAUAAUUUCUUUUAACCAAAUUGUAUGCUUAUUUAGAUUGUCUGUGAUAGUCUUUUUGUCACAACGGCAAUGGCUAGCUAGGAAAAAAUUGUUACCUACCUGGAAUUUUUAUUUUUGCUAUUAAAAUUGAACAAAUUGGAAACAUUAUUAAUUCAUUUUAUAUUAACUUAACUACUUGUUUAUUUCUGUGAUCUAAUUAAAAAAGUAUUGGUUUUUGAUUGUUGUUGUUUGUUGAAAACUUUUGAAUGUAUGCUAAUGUUUUUCUAUAUGUAUUUUGAAUUUAAAUAAAAUUACAUUUGUAGUGUUGA